AUGAAGACACCGAACAGGAAGUGUAAGCUGAGAUGCCUGGGGAAGCCCAUGCCUGGGGAGUUGGCUCAGGAUGAAACUGAUAGAGAUGCAGAGAGGGUCUACAAGACUAAGGUGCACUUUGUCAUCAUGGAUACAGUCACUGAUAGCAUCUAUCAGCGCUUUCUGACACAAGGCACUUGUACACAGACUUUGCUUAUCUGGACCCCAGCAGGUUCUCAGAGAUAAAAUAUAAUGGAUUGCCCCAGACAUCACUUGCUAAACUAAGCAAACUCUUGCUGAGUGUGACAGACAGCAGAGGAGAAUCACAGACAGACAGAGUGACAGACAGCAGAGGAUAAUCACAGACAGACAGACAGACAGACAGACAGACAGACAGACAGACAGACAGACAGACAGACAGACAGACAGACAGACAGACAGACAGACAGACAGACAGACAGACAGACAGACAGACAGACAGACAGACAGACAGACAGACAGACAGACAGACAGACAGAGAUGCAUAGACAGACAGCACGACGGAGAAAACAGACUCGGAGGCCCAGUUAUAGUGGUGAUUUGUAUCGCCAGACUCCAGUGUGUUUUAACAUGUAUUUGUUUUAAAUAUGAGCCGGUUAAAAAGAGCUGCUUAAAAAUGGAAGAAGACCAUGUUCCUUCAGUCACUGGUAUACGCAGCAGGUUAGGAGAGUUAGGUUAAGGUUAGGAAAUGGAGUUAGGGUUAGUGAAAAUGCUCUCCUUACCUGCUACAAAAACUUCCAGUCUUAGCUGUAUCAAGUGUCAAAGAUGGCAGCAUUCUCUAAUAACUACAUGCCUAAUUCUGUUUCAUACUUCUCAAAGUUGAUAACUAGUUUAUUAGUUAUUUUUUCAGUGAUUCAAUUCAGUAAGAUAGCAUAAUUUACUAAUUGAAAGGAUUAUAUUAUAUAUAUUAUAUUAUAUAUAACAUUAAUUCUACAGGUCAGUUCAUCUCGAUACUUCAAAACUCCUAAGAACUUCAUAAAUCCAGUGUGUGGGUCUUCCAGUGAGUUGGAGAGGAUUGAGGAACCAUGGCACAGUUUGAAAGCUUGAUAUGGACUGUAAGUGAAACAUUUCUGAUUUGCACAUUUUGUGGCUUGGCAUGUUUUAAAACCAAUUAUCUAUUUAAAUAUUUCCUCUAUGAAAUAUAAAUCAGUUAUUAUUAGCCUACUAGUUCUGUCCAUUUUACUGAAACCUUCGUAGAAAAAAUGUGGGGGAGAGAAGUACAUUUUCAAUGCUGACCUAGGUUAUCUUUGGUGUCACACCUUUAAAGAUGAAAUAAACACACCAGUGGGUGCCACCACUCUCACAAAAGCCUAUUUAAAAUGGUCCCACAUAAUUACAAUAAUUAUAUUUGAAAUGGGAAUAUUUAGGUUAGAAUUCUGUUAACUACUUCUGUAGGUUUUAUGAAUAAACACCAUCAGCUUAGAUUUUUGCGAUUUUAUUUCUAAAAUGUUCUCUACUUCCAGGUACCUAUUAUAUUGGUGCUUGGAAUCAUUGGAUCCUGUAUCUCAUGUGGUAGAGCCGAGUACAGAAUAGGGGAUGAAUGUUGUCCCAUGUGUUGGCCAGGUAAGGACCGUCUCUUUACAUCAUAUGAAUCACCAGACAUUAAUACAUCAUCAACACCAACAUAUAACUUCUAUACUUCUAAACAUUGAACCCAGUUUCACAUAUGAUCGCCCCAUCUAUAAAUUAGGCGAUAGAGAUUGCAUAAUGUGUUGGCCUGGUAAGGACCUUGUGUAUUUUUAUGAGGGGUUAAUUAUAAUAAUAACUAUACAAAAAAUGUAAAAUGUAACAAUAAUAAUAAUUAUGAUAAUAAUAAUAACAAAACGUAAUUAUUUUCUGGUUUUCUUUUCAACAGGAUAUCGUGUAAAUAGUCAUUGUACUAAAUCUACAAUCACCUCCUGUGUGCCCUGUAUUGACUCCACAUUCCUUGAUGAGCCCAGUGGGAAAACAACAUGCAACAACUGUACCACAUGUGGUCCAGGUGAGAAUUCUGUGUUCUGUGCAUAAACACUGAGAUACUUUACUAUAUCAGCUGUUGUUUUAAUGAAAUACAACAGGCUUUACAUUUAGCUUCAGAUACCAAGUGACAUGUUUUCUCCAUAGGUUUGGGUUUGAAGGUAAAGCAGCCAUGUAGACCUUCAUCAGACACUGUCUGUGGGACACUGGAGGGGUUCUACUGUCUAGACCCAACUAAGGAUGGUUGUAGAGCAGCCCAGAGACACAGCAGCUGUAAACCUGGUCAAUACAUCAGCCACACAGGUUGGUCUUCAUGCAAAUCUUCCAUUGACAUCAGUGCAUGAUUUAUGCAGUCGUGAGUUAAGCACAUCUUUAGGACCCUGAGUUUCACCCUGUGUUGAUGCAGGAACAACAUCUGCAGAUACUGUGUGUGCUGACUGCACUGGUGAUACUUAUUCAGAUGGAUCAUUUACAUCCUGCCAGCCACACACACAGUAAGUAAAUGGUUAUUUCCCUCAAAAUAUAAACUAAAUACUACAAUAAUAUGCUCACAUAGGAAUGUGAAACUGAUAGUUGGGUGACCAAAUUGUUGAUUACCAGUGGUCUGUUUCUCUUUUUAUAGAUGUGAUACCUUGAAGCUUCAGCAAAUUAAACCUGGAACUCAAUGGUCUGACUCUGAAUGUGGACCACAGACCUCCAUACCCAUAGCUGCAAUAAUAUAUCCUGUUGUGGUGGUGGUGGUGGUGGUGGUGCUACUAGUUGUCAUAGCAACUAGAAGAACAAAAAAAACAUAUCCUGUAUAUGGUGAGAUUAUUUUGGGGAAUUGUACAGUUUCAUUUAUUGUUUUAAUUGCCCAGAUGAACAAGUGAGAAAUAUCCAGCACAAAAUCAAAUCAAAUGUUAUUUGUCACAUGCGCCGAAUACACCGAGUGUAGACUUGCUUGCUUACGAGCCCUUCCAAACGAUGCAGUUUGGUAACACACAAUAAUAAAAUACAGAAGAAUGGAGCUAUAUACAGGGAGUAUCUGUAAAGUUCCCGUGUGGCUCAGUUGUUAGAGCAUGGCGCUUGCAACGUCAGGAUUGUGGGUUCGAUUCACACAGGGGAAAGUAUGAAAAAUGUAUGCACUCUGGAAAAGAGCAUCUGCUAAAUGACUGAAAUAAAUAAAUGACUGAAAUAAAUAUUAGAACACACAAGAUGAAUGAAAUACACAAGAAUGUUUUGAAAAUCAUGACAAUGCCAUACAGUGUAUGUUAUCGAUUUCUAAAUUAGUUUUUGUCUAAAUGUUCAUUCUUGCACCUUUCCAGAGAGGACUUUUCCAGAGACACAAAGCCCUACAGAGGUAUGUCAAUGAAUAACCCCCCAAUACCUACUUUAUGCAGCAGAAUUUUCUAUCAUACUCAAUGUGUUAAGGAGAUGGCUGAUGUUUUUCAGGGGCAGGGACUGGGAGACUAGUCCGGAUCAAGGGAGAGAUGAACGGAUCAAAGUAUAGAGAGAUCCUUGAUGAAAACCUGCUCCAGAGCGCUCAGGACCUCCGACUGGGGCAAAGCACACAGCCAAGACAACACAGGAUUGGCUUUGGGACAAGUCUCUGAAUGUCCUUGAGUGGCCCAGCCAGAGCCCGGACUUGAACCCGAUCGAACAUCUCUGGAGAGACCUAAAAAUAGCUGUGCAGUGACGCUCCCCAUCCAAUCUGACAGCGCUUGAGAGGAUCUGCAGAGAAGAAUGGGAGAAAAUCCCCAAAUAUUUACAUUUACAUUUACAUUUUAGUCAUUUAGCAGACGCUCUUAUCCAGAGCGACUUACAGGAGCAAUUAGGGUUAAGUGCCUUGCUCAAGGGCACAUUAACGUCAUUUAGCAGACGCUCUUAGCCAGAGCGACUCACAAAUUGGUGCGUUCACCCUAUAGCCAGUGGGAUAACCACUUUACAAUUGGGGGGGGGGGGGGGGGGGGGGGUUAGAAGGAUUACUUUAUCCUAUUCCAGGUAUUCCUUGAAGAGGUGGGGUUUCAAAUGUCUCCGGAAGGUGGUGAGUGACUCCGCUGUCCUGGCGUCGUGAGGGAGCUUGUUCCACCAUUGGGGUGCCAGAGCAGCGAACAGUUUUGCCUGGGCUGAGCGGGAACUAUGCUUCCGCAGAGGAAGGGGAGCCAGCAGGCCAGAGGUGGAUGAACGCAAUGCCCUCGUUUGGGUGUAGGGACUGAUCAGAGCCUGAAGGUACAGAGGUGCCGUUCCCCUCACUGCUCCAUAGGCAAGCACCAUGGUCUUGUAGCGGAUGCGAGCUUCAACUGGAAGCCAGUGGAGUGUGCGGAGGAGGGGGGUGACGUGAGAGAACUUGGGAAGGUUGAACACCAGACGGGCUGCGGCAUUCUGGAUGAGUUGUAGGGGUUUAAUGGCACAGGCAGGGAGGCCAGCCAACAGCGAGUUGCAGUAGUCCAGACGGGAGAUGACAAGUGCCUGGAUUAGGACCUGUGCCGCUUCCUGUGUAAGGCAGGGUCGUACUCUCCGAAUGUUGUAGAGCAUGAACCUGCAGGAUCGGGUCACCGCCUUGAUGUUGGCGGAGAACGACAGGGUGUUGUCCAGGGUCACGCCUAGGCUCUUCGCACUCUGGGAGGAGGACACAGCGGAGUUGUCAACCGUGAUGGCGAGAUCAUGGAACGGGCAGUCCUUCCCCGGGAGGAAGAGCAGCUCCGUCUUGCCAGGGUUCAGCUUGAGGUGGUGAUCCGUCAUCCAUACUGAUAUGUCUGCCAGACAUGCAGAGAUGCGAUUCGCCACCUGGUUAUCAGAAGGGGGAAAGGAGAAGAUUAGUUGUGUAUCGUCAGCGUAGCAAUGAUAUGAAAGGCCAUGUGAGGAUAUGACAGAGCCAAGUGACUUGGUGUAUAGGGAGAAAAGGAGAGGGCCUAGAACUGAGCCCUGGGGGACACCAGUGGUGAGAGCACGUGGUGCGGAGACAGCUUCUCGCCACGCCACUUGGUAGGAGCGACCGGUCAGGUAGGACGCAAUCCAGGAGUGAGCCGCGCCGGAAAUGCCCAGCUCGGAGAGGGUGGAGAGGAGGAUCUGAUGGUUCACAGUAUCAAAGGUAGCAGACAGGUCUAGAAGGACAAGAGCAGAGGAGAGAGAGUUAGCUUUAGCAGUGCGGAGAGUCUCCGUGACACAGAGAAGAGCAGUCUCAGUUGAAUGACCAGUCCUGAAACCUGAUUGGUUUGGAUCAAGAAGGUCAUUCUGAGAGAGAUAGCAAGAGAGUUGGCUAAAGACGGCACGCUCAAUAGUUUUGGAAAGAAAAGAAAGAAGGGAUACUGGUCUGUAGUUGUUGACAUCAGUGGGGUCGAGUGUUGGUUUUUUGAGAAGGGGAGCAACUCUCGCUCUCUUGAAGACGGAAGGGACAUGGCCAGCGGUCAAGGAUGAGUUGAUCAGCGAGGUGAGGUAGGGGAGAAGGUCACCGGAGAUGGUCUGGAGAAGGGAGGAGGGGAUGGGGUCAAGCGGGCAGGUUGUUGGGCGGCCUGCAGUCACAAGUCGCAGGAUUUUAUCUGGAGAGAGAGGGGAGAAAGAAGUCAAAGCAUAGGGUAGGGCAGUGUGAGCAGGACCAGCAGUGUCAUUAGACUUAACAAACGAGGAUCGGAUGUCGUCAACCUUCUUUUCAAAGUGGAUUCAGGAGGGAGGAAAAUGUGGCAAAGAGCUUCCUAGGGUUAGAGGCAGAUGCUUGGAAUUUAGAGUGGUAGAAGGUGGCUUUAGCAGCAGAAACAGAUGAAGAAAAUGUAGAGAGGAGGGAGUGAAAAGAUGCCAGGUCGGCAGGGAGUUUAGUUUUCUUCCAUUUCCGCUCCGCUGCCCGGAGCUCUGUUCUGUGAGCUCGCAAUGAGUCAUCAAGCCACGGAGCUGGAGGGGAGGACCGAGCCCGGCCGGGAGGAUAGGGGACACAGAGAGUCAAAGGAUGCAGAAAGGGAGGAGAGGAGGGUUGAGGAGGCAGAAUCAGGAGAUUGGAGGGAGAAGGAUUGAGCAGAGGGAAGAGAUGAUAGGAUGGAAGAGGAGAGAGUAGUGGGAGAGAGAGAGCGAAGGUUGCGGCGGCGCAUUACCAUCUGUGUAGGGGCAGAGUGAGUAGUGUGGGAGGAGAGCGAGAGAGAAAAGGAAACAAAGUAGUGGUCGGAGACAUGGAGGGGAGUUGCAGUGAGAUUAGUAGAGGAGCAGCAUCUAGUGAAGAUGAGGUCAAGCGUAUUGCCUGCCUUGUGAGUAGGGGGGGACGGUGAGAGGGUGAGGUCAAAAGAGGAGAGGAGCGGAAAGAAGGAGGCAGAGAGAAAUGAGUCAAAUGUGGACAUAGGGAGGUUGAAAUCCCCCAAAACUGUGAGGGGUGAGCCAUCCUCAGGGAAGGAACUUAUCAAGGCGUCAAGCUCAUUGAUGAACUCUCCAAGGGAACCUGGAGGGCGAUAGAUGACAAGGAUAUUAAGCUUAAAUGGGCUAGUGACUGUGACAGCAGUGACAUACAGGUGACAUACAGGUGUGCCAAGCUUGUAGUGUCAUACCCAAGAAGACUUGAGGCUGUAAUUGCUGCCAAAGGUGCUUCAACAAAGUACUGAGUAAAGGGUCUGAAUACUUAUGUAAAUGUGUAUUUUAUUUUUAAUACAUUUGCUAAAAUGUCUAAAAACAUGUUUUUGCUUUGUCAUUAUGGGGUAUUGUGUGUAGAUUGAGUACAUUAUAUAUAAUUGUUUAGUAUAUGGCUGUAACAUAACAAAAUGUGGAAAAAGUCAAGAGGUCUGAAUACUUUCCGAAUGCACUGUAAGUAGAGGAUCCACAAUAAAAUGAAUAGAAUUUAACUUUCAUAAUGUUCUUAUGUUCAAGUGUCCCAAUGACAUUAGCUACAUUGUAAAAAUGCAAUUGAAUAAAGCAAAUUGAGACACCAAUGCAAUAGCAGCUUGGUCUGGGCUACUUUGAUCAUUGACUAUAAUGUCUCGCUACCUCUUCUGUUUCUGCUUAUGUGCUGGUUACUGGUUAACGUGAACCACCGAAACACAACCGCACUGUUUCGGAGGAAACACUGCACCCGUUCGGUCACAAGAGUCGCUAGUGGGCGAUGGGACAUGAACAUCUCUGCAAAUUGAAAACAGAGUAAAUGCACACGUGACGUGGCACAAUUCUAAUAUCUAAUAGGCCUAGUUUACACACAUGGCUGAUUAGUAAUAAUGCUUUCACUUUAUAGAGCACUUCUAUUGCAAGGCUGGUGAUAUUAAGUGUCAAGGCUAUAGCCAAAGUUGUAGUAGCCUAUGUCACAAUUGCAAUGGUAGGCACAUUCCAUAGCCUAUGUAGGAUGAAUAAUAAUGUAUUGAAUUCAUAGAGUGCUUUUCAUGACAACAAUGUGUUCUAUGUUAAGUUGUAACCCCAUGGGAGUCACAGAUCAUCUGACAAAAGAAGUAAGGAAGAUCAUUGAAUGACUGUUUCUGAAAAUGAUUUGGUUUGGUGAAAGCGUAGGCUACAGUAUUCAAUAGCUGCUUGAUUUUCUGAUCACAGUCUCAUUAAUUUGGUCCACAGGGUAUUUUAAAUGGGGGAUAUGUGUCCCAUCUAUAGCACCAAUGACGUUUGGAAAAUCAUCUGCGGGAUGAAUUAGGCUAUUUAUCAUUUUUAUCAUGUCUAGGUUUAUUAAUUUGAGAUUUGCAAAGUAUUGCUGGCAGUGACCGCAACCUACUGUACCUGCAAUUCUCUAAAUCCUCUUUGAUUAUAUGGACAGCUUGAUGGCCAGGGAAUGCAACAGAGACAUUAAAACAUAUCUAGUAGUUAGCAGGUUUGUUUCAGAACAUUCGUUGCUAUGGUUUCUGAUCAGGCUCUCUUUUUGGAGCCGGAAAUUCUGAGGUUGCACAAAUUCUUGUUUGACAGAUCUCGCUAAAUCACUCAUCUGACUUUCUGGAAUACUCCUCUGGUAACACGUCUGUACACGAUCAAAACAUAAAAACACAAAAUGAGAUACUAAUAAACACUUUCGACACCAUCUGGUGGCCGAUCUUUGUAAUUACCAUACCGAAUAUGAGGUAUAACGUGGUUCCAGGGACAUCAUUUUACAUUUACAUUUUAGUCAUUCAGCAGACGCUCUUAUCCAGAGCGACUUACAGUUAGUGAGUGCAAACAUUUUCAUACUGGCCCCCCGUGGGAAACGAACCCACAACCCUGGCGUUGUAAGCGCCAUGCUCUACCAACUGAGCUACAGGGGACUACGUCACCGGCUAGAAAACCCAAUACGGCUGCCAUCGCAAUGCCAUAUAUGGACGUGUGUGUGUCGUCCGAAAUCAGUAGCUCUCGAUUUCUUUACGGUUUUGGAAUUUAGCUUGCAACGCAGCUGUCAAGACAUGAUGAGAUUAAUGGAUCCUCAGAAAUGGGUACAGAUAGAUAGCUAAAUUGAUAUCUACUUAGUAAGUUUGCAACAAAGAAAUGUAUAUUUUUCAAUUAAAUAAAAAAGCAAAUCUAAAUGCGAUGCUCACGAGUUAUGUUCACAUAAUGAUCAGCUAGCUAGCCAGCUUGGUUAGCUAAUAGCUACAUAGAUGGGUAAUGACAUAUAUUUCAAGGUGUUAAACAGGGGAAAUAGUGUUAGAAUUGGUUUUAUAUAUAGCUACCUCCUCCAUUGUCCAUACAUUCACACAAACACACCAAAGGAUUGGGAUAACCUGGUUUGGUUAUUUCUUGUUCUAUGUACAGUGGGGGGGAAAAAAGUAUUUAGUCAGCCACCAAUUGUGCAAGUUCUCCCACUUAAAAAGAUGAGAGAGGCCUGUAAUUUUCAUCAUAGGUACACGUCAAUUAUGACAGACAAAAUGAGAAGGAAAAAAUCCUGAAAAUCACAUUGUAGGAUUUUUUAUGAAUUUAUUUGCAAAUUAUGGAGGAAAAUAAGUAUUUGGUCAAUAACAAAAGUUUCUCAAUACUUUGUUAUAUACCAUUUGUUGGCAAUGACACAGGUCAAACGUUUUCUGUAAGUCUUCACAAGGUUUUCACACACUGUUGCUGGUAUUUUGGCCCAUUCCUCCAUGCAGAUCUCCUCUAGAGCAGUGAUGUUUUGGGGCUGUCGCUGGGCAACACGGACUUUCAACUCCCUCCAAAGAUUUUCUAUGGGGUUGAGAUCUGGAGACUGGCUAGGCCACUCCAGGACCAUGAAAUGCUUCUUAAAAAGCCACUCCUUCGUUGCCCGGGCGGUGUGUUUGGGAUCAUUGUCAUGUUGAAAGACCCAGCCACGUUUCAUCUUCAAUGCCCUUGCUGAUGGAAGGAGGUUUUCACUCAAAAUCUCACGAUACAUGGCCCCAUUCAUUCUUUCCUUUACACGGAUCAGUCGUCCUGGUCCCUUUGCAGAAAAACAGCCCAAAGCAUGAUGUUUCCACCCCCAUGCUUCACAGUAGGUAUGGUGUUCUUUGGAUGCAACUCAGCAUUCUUUGUCCUCCAAACACGACGAGUUGAGUUUUUACCAAAAAGUUCUAUUUUGGUUUCAUCUGACCAUAUGACAUUCUCCCAAUCCUCUUCUGGAUCAUCCAAAUGCACUCUAGCAAACUUCAGACGGGCCUGGACAUGUACUGCCUUAAGCAGGGGGACACGUCUGGCACUGCAGGAUUUGAUUCCCUGGCGGUGUAGUGUGUUACUGAUGGUAGGCUUUGUUACUUUGGUCCCAGCUCUCUGCAGGUCAUUCACUAGGUCCCCCCGUGUGGUUCUGGGAUUUUUGCUCACCGUUCUUGUGAUCAUUUUGACUCCACGGGUGAGAUCUUGCGUGGAGCCCCAGAUCGAGGGAGAUUAUCAGUGGUCUUGUAUGUCUUCCAUUUCCUAAUAAUUGCUCCCACAGUUGAUUUCUUCAAACCAAGGUGCUUACCUAUUGCAGAUUCAGUCUUCCCAGCCUGGUGCAGGUCUACAAUUUUGUUUCUGGUGUCCUUUGACAGCUCUUUGGUCUUGGCCAUAGUGGAGUUUGGAGUGUGACUGUUUGAGGUUGUGGACAGGUGUCUUUUAUACUGAUAACAAGUACAAACAGGUGCCAUUAAUACAGGUAACGAGUGGAGGACAGAGGAGCCUCUUAAAGAAGAAGUUACAGGUCUGUGAGAGCCAGAAAUCUUGCUUGUUUGUAGGUGACCAAAUACUUAUUUUCCACCAUAAUUUGCAAAUAAAUUCAUUACAAAUCCUACAAUGUGAUUUUCUGGAUUUUUUUUUCUCAAUUUGUCUGUCAUAGUUGACGUGUACCUAUGAUGAAAAUUAUAGGCCUCUCAUCUUUUUAAGUGGGAGAACUUGCACAAUUGGUGGCUGACUAAAUACUUUUUUCCCCCACUGUAUGUGUAGUCGCUCACCUGUCUGUCAUUGUAAAGUGUGUGGGUUCAGUAGAGAACAACAUUGUCGAAAGUUCAGAUAUAAAUUAAUUGUCUAGAUGUCAUUUUAUGUAUCUCUUUGCCAAGUAGGUCUAGCAAUUAAUCAUAUCAUCUCUAUUCAUUACAUUAAGCCUACUACUAUCUUCAACGUGUACAUUGUCAUCCACCUGAACUCAACCCUGUUGAUGCUGUUCUCUCUUAGGGUGGGUUGCACCAACAUGGAUUAACUGUUAAACUGGGUUAAAUCAAGGUUUAUCUAUUAAUCUUGUUGCACCAAAUUUUAAACCUUGGUUUUAAAAUAAUUACAAUUACUUUUACAUUUUAGUCAUUUAGCAGACGCUCUUAUCCAGAGCGACUUACAGGAGCAAUUAGGGUUAAGUGCCUUGCUCAAGGGCACAUUUACGUCAUUUAGCAGACGCUCUUAUCCAGAGCGACUUACAAAUUGGUGCAUUCACCCUAUAGCCAGUGGGAUAACCACUUUACAAUUAUUAUUAUUAUUUUUUUUGGGGGGGGGGUAGAAGGAUGACUUUAUCCUAUCCCAGGUGUUCCUUAAAGAGGUGGGGUUUCAAAUGUCUCCGGAAGGUGGUGAGUGACUCCGCUGUCCUGGCGUCGUGAGGGAGCUUGUUCCACCAUUGGGGUGCCAGAGCAGCGAACAGUUUUGACUGGGCUGAGCGGGAACUAUGCUUCCGCAGAGGAAGGGGAGCCAGCAGGCCAGAGGUGGAUGAACGCAAUGCCCUCGUUUGGGUGUAGGGACUGAUCAGAGCCUGAAGGUACGGAGGUGCCGUUCCCCUCACUGCUCCAUAGGCAAGCACCAUGGUCUUGUAACGGAUGCGAGCUUCAACUGGAAGCCAGUGGAGUGUGCGGAGGAGGGGGGUGACGUGAGAGAACUUGGGAAGGUUGAACACCAGACGGGCUGCGGCAUUCUGGAUGAGUUGUAGGGGUUUAAUGGCACAGGCAGGGAGCCCAGCCAACAGCGAGUUGCAGUAAUCCAGACGGGAGAUGACAAGUGCCUGGAUUAGGACCUGUGCCGCUUCCUGUGUAAGGCAGGGUCGUACUCUCCGAAUGUUGUAGAGCAUGAACCUGCAGGAUCGGGUCACCGCCUUGAUGUUAGCGGAGAACGACAGGGUGUUGUCCAGGGUCACGCCAAGGCUCUUCGCACUCUGGGAGGAGGACACAACGGAGUUGUCAACCGUGAUGGCGAGAUCAUGGAACGGGCAGUCCUUCCCCGGGAGGAAGAGCAGCUCCGUCUUGCCAGGGUUCAGCUUGAGGUGGUGAUCCGUCAUCCAUACUGAUAUGUCGGCCAGACAUGCAGAGAUGCGAUUCGCCACCUGGUUAUCAGAAGGGGGAAAGGAGAAGAUUAGUUGUGUAUCGUCAGCGUAGCAAUGAUAGGAGAGGCCAUGUGAGGAUAUGACAGAGCCAAGUGACUUGGUGUAUAGGGAGAAAAGGAGAGGGCCUAGAACUGAGCCCUGGGGGACACCAGUGGUGAGAGCACGUGGUGCGGAGACAGCUUCUCGCCACGCCACUUGGUAGGAGCGACCGGUCAGGUAGGACGCAAUCCAGGAGUGAGCCGCGCCGGAGAUGCCCAGCUCGGAGAGGGUGGAGAGGAGGAUCUGAUGGUUCACAGUAUCAAAGGCAGCAGACAGGUCUAGAAGGACAAGAGCAGAGGAUAAAUUAAAUCCUUCCUCUAAUCUAAAUUUAGUUUUCACUUUAAACCUAGAUUAAUUUUAAACCUGUUGCUCAAUAAAAAAAAUAAAAAAUGAACAUAAAUUUAGAUUGGAGAUUAAUUCUAAACUGCUGCUUGAGGUGGUUUAACUGAUAAAAUGGCAGCAUAUCUACCAAAACGACAGAGUUCCUCAGAAAAUAAUUAGAGACAGGUUAAAUCCUGUUGAAUUUUAUGAUAAUGAUGAGUUUUCAAGGCACUACCGCUUCUCCAAGGACACUGUAAUGUAAUGCAACUGGAAAAAAAGGUUGGACUAACCAUUAAGCAUGGGAGUGAUAGGAACGCGGCUGUACCCCCACUACUUCAGCUCCUGGUGACCCUACGGUUCUACGCAACUGAAUGUUUCCAGAUGGUGGAUGGGGACAUUUUUGGACUCCACAAGACAAGGUGAGAAUGGAGAACUAUUCCGUAAUCGGAAAGGUUACUGCUCCUUCAACGUGCAGGCUGUCUGUGAUGACAAAGGUCAGCUCACCAACAUCGUAGCUAGACGGCCAGGAUCCACCCAUAACAGCAGAAUCUUUGACAAUAGUCGUCUGUGUGAAAUGCUGGAAAGGGGGGCAUAUGAAGGCCACCUACUAGAUGACAAUGGAUAUGCCUGUCGUGGGUACCUUAUGACUCCUCUUUUAAACCCCCAGACACCUGAAGAGAGAGAAUACAACACCUCUCAUAUCCUGGCAAGAGGUCUCAUAGAGAGUUUUUGGAGUGUGGAAAAAAAUGAUUCCCGUGCCUAUAGGAGGGUCUCCGCACGAAGAUGGACACUACACUGACAAUCAUUAUUGCAGUGGCAGUUCUGUAUAACUUUGGCAACAGACAAGGAGACGAGCAAGCUGAGGAGGACCUGCCUGAGGAGAAUGCAGAAGAUGGCCAGGUGCAACAUGCUGCCAAUGCAAAUGGGAAUGCUGUGAGGAGAACCUUGAUUGAGAACCAUUUUGCAGCCUGGUGUAUAUAA